AUGUGUGAUCGCAGUCUCUACAGAUCUGGCUACGUUGGUUCUCUCUUGAAUUUGCAAUCUCCAGAUUCCUUUUAUUUUCCUAAUUUGCGGGCUAAUGGCAGUCAAUUGGCGGCUCUGCCCACCAUUUCCUACCCUCGGAGCUCGAUCCCGUGGACUUGCUCAAGUUCGUGCGCAGCCCAGCCGCAGAGCCACGCGUUCAGCGGCGCGGCGCAGCCUUACCUCCCCGGCUCCGUUCCAAUCAACAUCAGCUCCAACGGCAACAAAGAGUGCCUGGAAGACAACAAUAAAUAUUACGCCCACGAUGCGAGCUCCAAACAAGAGGAGAGAUGCAGGCAGAGGCAAUCUUUUGCAAAUGACCCAACUGUUACUCACGCAGCCAACUUAAAGCCCGUAAAGUAUGACCACUCGAGCCUGCAGAGAAGUUUGCAUGGCUCGGCUGCUCUUUUUGAAGUGAAUUCCUGCACUUCCAGCUUAAAGGAGGACAUCAAGAAUUCCGUCAACUUGAACCUGACAGUUCAGCCCGCAGCAGUCCAGUCAUGCCUCAGACCUUCAGUGCAGGAUGGUUUGCCUUGGUGCCCCACCCAGGGGAGAUCAAGAAAGAAACGGAAACCUUACACAAAACAACAAAUUGCUGAAUUGGAAAACGAGUUUCUCCUCAAUGAGUUUAUUAACCGACAGAAGAGGAAAGAACUAUCAAACAGACUGAAUUUAAGCGAUCAGCAAGUUAAAAUUUGGUUUCAGAACCGGCGGAUGAAAAAGAAAAGAGUAGUAAUGCGUGAGCAGGCGCUUUCUAUGUACUAGAGCAGAGCCCGCCCGUUCCUGCAUGAACUUGUGCCCGGAGUGUUCACCCCUAGAGUAGAGCGUAUUUGCGAGUGAAACGCGGGGAGCGUGGGGUUUUUUACCAUUUAAACCAGUUCUCGAAACGCGUAGGAUCCCUGCGUAAAAUUGGCAGACGCUGAGUUCUUAGCCGAAAUGAAGAAGACAAGCCAGACCAGCACGGAAACCUGUAUUAUCAGCUUUUUACCUUUCUUUCUCCUUUUAUAUAGAUUUUUCUCCUGCUUCCUACCCUCUCUUUCCCUGGAGAACGAGCGGUCCUGAAACUAAAAUCGAUUUAUUUUAUCUGUAUGUAAACACCAUUUUGCAGCAAAAUAAAGGAAUAACGCCUAGUAAAGCCGUCAGCUCUCUGAGUCCCGGCUGCUCCCUUCAUCUGCUGCCC